UCAUCUUCCACGUCGCCCUCCAUCUGUCUUCCUCCACCAUCACCACCCAUUCUUCCACUGUCACGUACCAGAUAUCGUCAAGGAUUGCCUGCCAGGAUGGCUGUCGUUGGGCUGUAAACUUCUCACUGGGGAGCCGGGCUGUCCUGCGCUCCCCAGUCCAGCAGCUCCUCGAGUACCCUCAGUUUUGACUUGACGAUCAUCUAUUCCUCUUUCGACGCCAGUGAGCAAGCGUCGGAAUUGCCCCCUAGUACUGCCACAGGACGAAGCACUUCGACGCCCAUUGACGGCUGGAGGUGCUUUUGUUUCGGAAAGAGAGAAAAGUCUUUCGCAUUCACUUACCUCCCUCCCCACCCCUCCCCCUUAUCCCGUUAUCCUUGCCCCCCUCUCUUCUUACCCAAAACUCGGGAAUCUCUCUCAUAUUGACCAUUCAUAUUGUCACUCCUCAACCGUCAUUGGUAUCUGAACGGCAAGGAAUCUUGCGUUCUACGAAUAUCUUACGCAAUCGACCCAUUCCCGCGGGCUGUUAUCUGGAAACUUUAAUCGGCUUCAAUAAGCUAAAUUCUUGUUCCACCGUUACUCCCGCGACGUAAUCUAUCUACCGUUGCCCAAGAUACAACUCUACUCACAUUCAUCGAAUCAGUCGUCCAGAAAUACCGGCACCAUGCGGCAUUCCCGCCCAAACUCCGCCAAGACCAGCAAUUGGUCUCCCAGAAGGUCUAACAAAACGACACAUGCCAAUAAGCCCCGGAGAACCUCAACUUAUUCCGUCUCUAGCGUGUCCUCGAUCUCGGACGUCGGUGAAUUGAGCGAUCUCGUCGAUGACUCGGAUGAUGACGCCGACGAUGAAGAAGACCAGCAGGUUGUGCCUGUUCCGUCCCAUGGCCGUCGUCGCAGUAAAAGCCAGAAGAAAGGGAUCAGAUACUCAAGGCAGAUGGCGGACGAUGCGGACUUCGACCAUUACGAUAGUGACUCGGAUGAUGCCUACGCUGCAGUGGAUGAUAUCACCGAUGGAGAUGAUGAAGAUCAGAAUGUGGAAAAACUGGAGGAGCUGCUGAUCCUGGAGUCUGAAGAUGACCAUCUUGGCAGCGUCCUCAACACUCCUAGCAUCACGGGCUCUGGUGACUUGGCUGGGCCAGGCCUGUUUGACAAUGACUUGCUGAUACCUAAUGCGAACUUUUUCGAUGAAGAGCAACUCUAUGCUGCCAUGGAAACAUUCGGUGAAUCGGACGCAACCAGUGACGCUGCUGUCGAGACGCCCGUGCCACGUCGCGUCCAUUUCCAAGAGUCGGAUUCCUCCUCUUCCGACAGUGACUCGCUCACAGACGAUGAAAUCCCGGGCGACUUUUUACAGCAGGACAGCCUUGACCCGCAGCUGCGUCGAAUGAUCGAAAGUGACAAUGAAAACCAGACCCGCCACAGUCGGCGUUCUGACGAUGUCUUCGGCGAGUCUGACUAUGGGCACGCCAACAUUUACCAUGCCGAGUCCGACGCUGAUUCGUACGGGUCCAGCGGCUACGAGACCGAUGAUGGCGAAACUACAGAUGAAGACCUUCCUCCUCCAGCCACUAUCACUCACCCACGGUCGAUCCUUCGUCGUGACUCGAGUGCGUCACUUGCUCCGGCGGACGACGAAGACAAGCGGCCGCCUCUUCGUCGGCGGGGUCCGAUCAUGGGCACAUUCAUCGCUGAUCCGAAUAAGCCCGUUGCUCUGGUGGAUAGCAGUGGUAAACACUUGGUGAUUAUCCCGGCAUUUGCAUCUUCCCGCCAUGACUGGCUUGAAUCGGCCACGAACAGCGUUUGCGGCACCGCUAGUAAUAGUCCUCGUGCCCCCACCAUGCCUCUCAUGGAUGAGAGCGAUACUGAUGCUCUUGCAACACCAACCCAAACUGAGUUGAGCCCCAUGCUGAGCUCUGGUGCCAACCUGAUGAUGGCCGCCCUUGGGAACGAUACGGCCCCAGGCGGUCAGGUCAUGGGCCCCCCGGAGGCUUUCUACCCGUCUCGUGACUUGACUUUUGAUAGCUCCUUUGAUGAGGACGAUGACGAUGAUCCAGAGGCCUCGUUGAACGUAGAAGAUUUCAUCGACUUUGGAGAUGGUUCGUCGGAUGAGGAGAUGGACGACGUGCUCGCUUCUCCCAUGGUUACAUCAUCUGCACAGGGUGCGGGCGCCGGUACUCCUACACCAACUCGCAAUGCCGACUUGCACCAGGCCAGCAGUGCAGAGCGUUUCUUGAAUCAUCUCGACCGUGGUAUCGUGACGGCCUUCCGCCGCAAUCACAACAGAUACCAGGCCUUACUCCGUCUUCCUCAUCACCGCGAAUUCAUGCCGGCGAAUUCUCCCUCCCGACCAGCGAGCGUGUUUAGACAUGCCAGACAUGCAGAUCCCCGUACUCCUAUCCGGAAACGCAGGCAUGGCGGCUACGCUGGCGGCGAAGCCAUUCGGCGAAAGCUGAUGGAUACUCCUCAACCACACCGGCUCUGUUAGAUGUAACUGAGUCUUUUUACUAGCCCCUAUUUUUCCUAUCUCUGCUUAUUUCUUUGCGGGAUUUGAAGUGCGACAUAAGUGGACCAGGCCAUGUUUCUUUUUUUUUUUUUUUGCCUGGCACUCUUGCCGUUUGUGUGCUCUUUAUGGCCAUAAUGAACGGCUUUCUUAUUCCUAUGACAAAGUACCAUUCAUCUCAAUUCUAUGUUGAAUGUUCUAUGUAGAUGUGGAGUUGAGAGGGGGUGUCUGGCGUCUGAGCGGUACUUAUGAUACAUUUGAGUGAUGAUCUGAACUAGAUGACUACUUAGAGCAGUGCGAGCUGGACAGUUUUCCAAAAAAGUUUAUGAGGUUAGCAUGGUUUCCAGUUCACAGUGUUUCUGCUGUUAUUUGUCCAUUUGUUCAGUUCCUUUUCUUUUCUGCUUUGGUUUCUCGCAGCUUGGUGUCGAUGUUACUGGUGGCCAAUUCUGUCAAUUUAUUUUGGAACAAAAAGGAUACCUCUGGAUUUCAUGUUCAUUUGGGGGGUGUUUUCUUGUCUUGCAGCUGGAUCAUGAUGAAUAUUAUUAUUACAUUGGUAGUUUGUAU